AUGAUGCCAACUUUACUGCAUCUACCCCCAGAGAUCAUAGAGCAGAUUCUGCUCGAGCUUGAUCCGCUUCAUAUCGGCUCGCUCGCCCAGUCCUGCUCUGACAUGCACUCAUUUAUCUAUGACCCCGCUGAUCAACACCUCUGGCGCAGUUUAUAUCUAUUGCAACCGUUGGAUGACCCACGGCAAUGUUUGACCGAGCUGGGUUACCCGAUAUCGGAGGUUAACUGGAUGGCGAAGCUCCAACGGAUUAUCAGAGCCAGGACAGUUAUUAGCCGUCCGGCACAAUGUCACGUAGAGGAGAGGUGCACGAUCCUUUAUACUCUCCUUGACCUUGUCAGUAACCUCCCAGCGGCCCCGAGCGUCUUUAGCGACGAUCUCGCACUAAAUCUCGUGUGGUUGGCUGCUCUCUUACGCGGGGGGAGUUACCUGGAUGAAGAACACUGGGAAAUUUCUGACGAAGAGAAGCAACUUCGUGCGCGCCUCCACACGUACUUUGGUCUCACCACUUCCGACUAUCGCAGUCAGAGCAGGAAGCAGUCGCGCGCAUACGUAUACGCUAUGCGGCACUACAAGUGGGACAACGAUUUCGGUCCGUUUAUGAUGGAUGGAAGCGGACGUGUAAACUGGGUACAUCUACAGGCGAUUCACCAUGUUAUGUCUAUGCACAUCGUCCCACCGGAGCAGGAGUCGGAAUCGGAAGCUUCCGUGUUCACUAUCUUUCCGAUGAGUCUGCCUUACUGCCAAAGUAUUAUCCCUCGUCAUCUGGAUCUCGACCAAGAAGAGGAUUGGGCCGGAGUGGCAGGUCUAUGGGAGUGCUCGUUCUGUUUCUGUGAUCACCACGAACUUCUCCUCUACAAUAACAUGAAUAUAUCUGACGUCGAUCCGCUUCAAUCUGCUAUAUUCGACGAUCCCUCGUUCGUCGAAGUCUUCCGCACGAUUAAUGUCGAGUUGCGUGUCAUCUCCACACAGCGACAAUCAGACCAUCCCAGUCGUCCUAUGAUUAAAUUCGCAGGAGAGAUCGAUGACAUGGCGAUUAUGGUCGGUUGGGUCAAAGUGACAUCUGACGACCAGAUCCGAUGGCAUUUUAAUUCAGGAGAAAACGGCAAUGCAAUUUGGGGUUCCGAGGGUGUUCAAGUUGGCGGAAUCAGAUCAACAUUUGGCGUGCUGGGUGCUUGGACUACCACUCACCACGAUCAACAGGAUCCAGUCGGCCCGUUCUGGAUGCGGAAAGCGCAUCCUCCGUCAGAAGCGGAGGACCUGGAUCAGUCCACCGCGGAAACAUGA